CACAUUACUAGCCAAAAAACUAGGAAACUCGUAUAACUACAACCAGUUACCAAGUCAGAAAUUAACGAGUUUCCUAGUUCUGGCUAGCAUCUGAACGCGGCAUAUUACCCGCAGCCACCAUUCCCCCGGAUGACAGAAUGAACCGAAGGGGUAUAUCGACCUCGCCAACUUGUAGUCCUAAAAAACGGAAAUCCGUUCGUUACCUCUGGCUCGUUCAGCCAUUCACAUGGGGAAAAUGAAUGAGGGAAAAAUAUGGUUUUGGGGUAAAGCGGAAAAUAAAGUCUGAGGUUAGCACAGGUUUAGGAGAUCCUAUACGUUUUGUUCUAUGAUAUAAUACCAGUCAGUUAAUAUGACCUUUAAAAGUUCUGAAGAUUUUGAUGUGCUUUUUUUCUUCUUCAUAAACGCUUAAGAAUGCACAAAAAAGUGACGUUAGCUGAACAAAACGAAUAAUAUAUCCUAAGCCUGUGUUUACCACGUACCUUAUUUUCGGCACUUAUCCAAAAACCCUACAAAAACUCCAUUCAUUUUGUACAACGAACCAUGGCGGAGUUGGUGCAUACAAAAAGACGCCAUUACUAUUUAUCUCUAUAACAGAGUAGGAUUUCAGAGCGUGUCGUUCACUGAAGGCGCACCCGGUCAGUUCGCGUAGUUUGUUUACCAACUGCGCUGGCCCAAACUUGUCAAUAUUGCCAACCAGCAGGACUCAAACAAAGACGUUAGCCAUCAUUUGACAGCUCGACCAUGUCUGCCUCGACCGCUAGAGAUCCUGUUGCUAAAAAGAAGCAUGUUCGUUUCGCUAGAAUGGAGGAGGAUGAUGAUGAUAACGAUGACCAAGAGGAAGAUACUCUGUUUGACAAGAGGAAAGACACGAGACGAGGGCUGAAGAGUGUAAUGAAAGGGAGGAAGAGAAGUUCGAAUUCAGAGUUCGAUGAUGAGGUUGAAAUCAUCGAUGGAGGUGGCAGGGCCAGCGAUUCUGGAGGCUGCAGCAGCUGGAUGAUCACCUUAGCGCUCUGUGCGUCAUUCCUCGGCCUGGGGAUGAGCAUCUCUGUCUUAGGCCCCACAUUUCAAGACCUUGCCAUCAACGUCAACCAGAACAUCAGCAACAUCUCCUACAUCUUCGUAGGCCGCUCGAUGGGCUAUAUAGGCGGCUCUGUGUUGUCCGGGAUUCUCUUUGACUGCAUGAACAGCCAUCUGCUGCUGGGCCUCUCCAUGCUGGUCACAGCGUUUGGGAUGUUUGCCAUCCCUUUCUCUAAGACAGCCCUUCUCCUCACUGCCCUGAUGUCCAGUAUUGGAGUUUCCAUGGGCUUUCUAGAUACAGGCGGUAAUGUCCUGAUCUUGCAGACGUGGGGGGAUCAGGCUGGCCCCCACAUGCAGGCCUUGCACUUCAGCUUCGCUGCUGGGGCCUUCGCCUCGCCCAUCAUCGCCAAGCUGCUGUUUGGAACGGACCUGGACGUGGCUACAAACAGCAGCAUGGACGCCCCGGUGGCAAACUCCACCUCCCCAUCUGUCACAGACCACGUGCCCCAAAUCGUGUCCUCUCCUACGGUUAUUCGCUUCGUCCACAGUAGCAGUACCCUCAAGUCCAUGUGGGCCUAUGUUGUGAUCGGUGGUUUCAUCCUGUUCGUCUCCCUCGUCUUCUUCAUCCUUUACACCCGCCACAGCCCCUCUAGUGGCAGGGCCCAGACCCCCUCAGGGAAACCCCUGGUGUCCAAGCACCACAACGCACUCAUCGCAAUGCUCUUUGUCUUCUUCUUCUGGUACGUGGGGGCCGAGGUGGCGUACGGCUCCUUUAUCUUCACCUAUGCUAAGGAUUACAUUCAUAUGGACGAGGCCCAGGCAGCAGGGCUCAACUCCCUGUUCUGGGGAACGUUCGCUGCCGGCCGGGGCCUGGCCAUCUUCUUUGCGACCUGCAUGCACCCAGGCACCAUGAUUCUACUGAGCCUGGUGGGCUGCACCCUGUCCUCCCUGUUCCUCACACUCUUCAACAGCAACAGGGUGGCCCUGUGGGUCUGCACUGGUGUCUACGGUGCCUCCAUGUCGACCACUUUCCCCAGUGGGAUCUCCUGGGUGGAGCAGUACACCACGGUGACCGGGCGCUCUGCUGCGGUGUUCGUGGUGGGGGCGGCCCUGGGGGAGAUGGUGUUGCCCGCCCUGGUGGGCUUCCUACUGGGAAGGAUCCAUGAUCAGCCCUUGCUAAUGUACCUGGCCCUGGGCACCGCCACCAUCACCUCCAUCCUCUUCCCCUUCAUGUUCUGGCUGGCCUCGUCCCCCAGCGGCCCCAGUAGGACACCUCGCACCAGGAGCCACAUGGAGCCUGACGACAGCGAGUACCGCCAAGCCUUGCUGGACUCGGGCGCCAAUGAUGAGGAAGAGGAGCAGGAGCAGCAGCGGGAACAGAAGCAGGAUGACGAGGCCGACCAGUGGAAUGAUGCCGACUUCGAGGUCAUCGAGAUGGCUGACGCCAGCCUUAUGAUCUCUCCUAAUAAAGCGGCGCUCUCUUCUCCUAGCAAAGCGCUCUCUUUAUCUCCUAAUAAAGCGUUGUCAUCUCCUAACAAAGGGCUUUCACCACCUGAUGUUGCUGGGACAUCAGGGGACACCACUGCCACAUCUGUCCCCGCUACUUUCCAGUCCCUAGAGCCAACAGUUGGGGCCUCUUUCUCAGACUCUAUCUCUCUCCAGGGAGACUCACCCAGACGGAAACUGCUGCGUUCCCUGGACCGGCAGAAGAGAGACUAGGGGCUAGAUUCAAUCAGAUCAAGCAUUAACCGGCGAUUGCCGACAACCCCAUAGCUGGUGUUUUGGUUGUGUAUCUGCAUUAGAGCUGUCAAAUCGGAGCUGCUUCUCUCGUGGUCAUUGUCACGAAGCCAUACUCGUCCCACUCAUGUUAGAAGUCCAGAACGAGAAAGUGUAGAUUAUAUAGAAAUAAUGACGCUCAAAUGUAAAAUCAUUAAACAAAAUUAGGAUUUCUAUCAGCCUAAUCGAAGUGUAGAUUAAUAUCUCACAUUCCACUAAACAACUUGUAAACAAGAUGCAUGGGAUUUCUCUUAAUGUGACUACGUGCAGCCAAUGGCAAUAUCCGCUUUAGGUAUAAUGCCGGGAGCCACUUGUGGAUUUGACAGCUCUAAUGCAGUUCCACCUCUGAUACUCUGCCUGGGAGCCCGCGAUUCAAUCGGAUUAACAGUAAGGCCGGGAUUCAAUCCUAAAGCCAGGAUUGCAUCCGAUCGUGCUUUGUCUGCAAUGUACCUUUUUUAAAGGCAAUUUCCUCGCGUUCAGAGACCACAUUUACAGUCAAUGCUGCGUAUGUCGAAAUGACCUUUAAAUUGUGCAUUUUCACGAAGUGCGAUCGGAAUGAAUACCGGCCUAAGGGCUCUAGUCUGGGAAAUGCGCCAUUACUCCAAGUGCUUUAAAGACGUUACUGUAAAACUUGUUGAUGUCUGAUUGUCCGUGACUGUAAUCUGACCUGUUUAGUUUAACACACAUGUAAAUGUUUGAUACUACAGAUUUACAGUGCAAUAUAAUUUACCCCACUCCUACACAGCUUAUGUCUACUACAUCAUUUGUAGCUGUAUGCUGUGGUGGAAAUGGAAUUUGUUUAAACAUUAAGACCCCUUGCCACUGUUGCUGGUAAUGAAUUAUAACAGUUACAUUAGUGAUUUCACAGUAGUGCAACACUAAACGUUUUUUCCCUUUAGAUAUCCUAAAGAUGUCAUUUUCUUUGUCAUAUUUAUAUUUAGUAAAUAUUUGAAUUAUCAGCUGUUAAAGAUAGGAAUUUUGAAUCAUUUGUUUUUGUCAGACCUUUGUUUGAAUAUAUGUCACAUUCACGUGCUAGUUGGAAACUAGGCAACUCAAACAUGUUAGAAUUGCUAACUCGUUGUGGAAAGAUGUUCCCGAGUUUCCCACUUAGAAAGUAUCAGAAUCAAGCCUCUGGGCAAAGAUGUAAAAUCAAGAUGUCAAAUCAAAUUUUAUUAGUCACAUGCGCCGAAUACAACAAGUUAAGACCUUACAGUGAAAUGCUUACUUAUGAACCCUUAACCAACAAUGCAGUUUAAUUAGAUGUUCAGGAGUCUUAUGGCUUGAGGGUAGAAGCUGUUUAGAAGCCUCUUGGACCUAGACUUCGCGCGCCGGUACCGCUUGCAAGCAGAGAGAACAGUCUAGGACUAGGGUGGCUGGAGUCUUUGACAAUUUUUAGGGCCUUCCUCUGACACCGCCUGGUGUAGAGGUCCUGGAUGGCAGGAAGCUUGGCCCCAGUGAUGAACUGGGCCG